CUUUUGUGGGCCGGUAAAGAAAUAUAAUAUAUGGGUUGUGCGGAAAGCAAGGACGGCGAUCGAAAUGCCGGCCGACCAAAAUACCGGUCGUGUACUGAUACUUUUUGGCUUGCAAUAUAUGUUUUGUUUUGGCUAUUUUUGAUUGUGAUUGCAAUCUUUGCUUUUGUUUAUGGAAACCCCUUGCGAAUUAUAAAUGGCUAUGAUACAUUUGGUAAUACCUGCGGUGUUAAACAAAAUGAACGAAUCUUCAAUUCCCCACUCUCUGGCUUGGACACUCAUGAUAAACCAGAUGUUUUUUACUUCGAUGUCAAGGAGCUGAAAAAGUCAUUGAAAAUAUGCGUUAAACAGUGUCCUACAAAGACGCUGACGCAGCGUAACGAGCUUGUCCAGUAUUAUCGGGAUACAGGCACCCAAUUAUGUAGAUAUGAUUUUGACAUGACUCAGAUAACGAGUGCUGCACUGGCAAAUGACAACUCGUUUUUCAAUUACCUCGGACCAUGUCCCAGUUUUCCUGUGCAAGAAAGCUCUCCUGUCUUGCAUCGUUGCGUUCCAAAGGGUAAAAGUGCGCAAGUGAAGGAUAUGUACGAUAUGCUCAACUCAUGGGAUGUAGCUCAGCAGUUCUUGGGUGAUAUUUACACCACUUGGCAUAUUAUUGCGGCAAUCUGCGGUAUAUCUUUACUAAUCUCUAUCGCACUGGUCACUUUGAUGCAUUGGCUAUCCCGCAUCGUGUCUUGGCUUAUUUGUGUGCUGGUCAUCGUGGCCAGCAUUGGACUUACGGGUACACUUUGGUAUGCUUAUUACAGCAUUCGCCACAAUGGCGCAAGCACGCAGUAUACCCAAUUAGAAGAGUUUAUACGCAAUGAACAGGCCGUCUUUACUCUAGCUAUAUUAGCCACAAUAACAAUGAUUAUCCUUUUGAUCAUCAUUUAUUACCUGAAAAACAAACUAUCUGGACUGUCUGCGCUAUUUGAAGAGGCUGGCGAGUGCAUGAUGAGUCUGCCUGGUCUAUUAAUAGCUCCCAUCCUGGCAUUCAUUGUUUUGGCUGCAUUCUUGGCCUUUUGGGUGGUUGUAGUUAUUUGCCUAGCUACUGCGACCACGCCAGACCAGAGUCCAUUUGCGCCAUUUGACAAUUCAGGGAACCACCAAUUGACCAAUGCAGUCAAUAAUAAUAACACACAAAAUGAUUUCAAAACGAUAUUAAAUAUAGAAUUUACAAAGGCGCAACCAUUGCGCAGCAUGUUCUGGAUUUAUGUCGUUGGUCUCAUAUGGACUGUGGAAUUUAUUUUUGCAUGCCAGCAAUUUGCACUGGCCGCAGCUGUCGCGUUCUGGUACUUCUCAAAGCCAACCACUACUCCCACAAUUUAUGCAAUUGGCAAGCUUAUUAAAUAUCAUUUGGGAACUGUCGCGAAGGGGUCAUUUGUAAUCACAAUAUUUAAAAUACCUCGCCUAAUACUGACCUAUUUAUAUGCCAAAUUGAAGAAAGGCGAAGACAAGGGUUCCGAAUGCGCUGCCUGCUGUUUAAAGUGCUGUAUUUGCGGUUUUUGGUUGCUGGAGAAGUUUAUACGAUUCCUUAAUCACAAUGCGUAUACUGUGGUUGCCAUUGAGUCCAUAAACUUCUGUCCAGCCGCAGGAAUUGCCUGGAAUGCAUUGGCCACUAACGCACUACAAGUGGCAACAAUCAAUAGUGUUGGUGACUUUAUCCUGUUCCUUGGUAAAAUUGUAGUGGCCGCACUGUCCGGUUUAAUUGGAGUUUUCAUACUGAAGGACCGGCCGGGACUAAAUUUCUACAUAGCGCCUGUAAUAAUGAUUAUAAUAUUUUCAUUCUUCAUUGCUCACAUCGUGCUUUCACUUUUUGAGAUGGUUGUGGAUACUUUGUUUUUGUGUGUAUGUGAAGAUAAAACUAUCAAUGGACGUGCUGGCCGCUGGGCCCAAAGUAAUUUGGCAAGGCUUGUGGGCGAAGAGCCGUUGCAGCCCGGCGAAGAACCCCCGAUUCAGGUGGUCGAAAUGAUGCCUAUCAAUAAGCAACCAUUCUGUAUAACACGACUUCCCCCUCCCGAGUCCGAGGUUUCUCCGAUGGCAGAGUAACAAUAGACGUUGGGAAUAUUUAAUCAUACGCACAUUUGAUGAAGUGUCCAGCCCUCCGUGUGAACAAACUUGACGUACAAAACUCAGUGAAAAACACACUCAACAUUCGCUAUUAAUAUUCAAAAAGCGCACAAUGUUUAUUAUUUAUAACUUUAUAAUAUAUAUAUUUAUUCAUAAAUGAAACUCGAAAUAAACUAUUUAUCUUUUUUCACA